AUGACGUUCGAGUUCUGCGGUGGCGAAAGCAGCAUCCUGGGAGGAGCAUGGGUCUGUAUCUACCAGACAGCGGAAGAUGUGGGCUUCCAGCGGGAGCACUUUGAACAGGCGAUGGACAACGUGAUACGUCAUCCGAACAUAAACUCAACGGUGCUGCUCAGAGCGGACAUCGUGGCGGAAAGGGAGUACGACUGCCGGACAGGGGAGGCGGUGCGGGACGGCAAUUGCGGCGCCGCGGCGGACGUGGCAGAAGGCAUGCUGUCGGUGGGGCUUGAGGACGUGGCAGCGCGCAGCGUGCACACGGAGCUUGACUUGGCGGUGAAGCUGGAGUUUGUGCGGCGCCUGGUUCCGCGCAACCCGUACAAGGACGCACUGAUCAACCAGACGUGUCUGGUGCUGAACACGCGCGAGCCGUCCGAGACUGCGCUGGUGGUGUACUUGCCGCACUUCAGCGAGCGCGAGGACUGCCCGUUCUACAUUCCGCCGGUGGCGGCAGUGGGCAUCCUUCUGCAUGGCGGGCGGCUGUCCGUGCACUACAUCCCGUUUGCAGGCGAGGGCGCGGCGCUCGCGGACGAGGGACAGCGGGCGGUGCGCACGGCGCGGCGCCUCCUCCAGACGGCGGAGAAGCACUCGAAAGGUUGCAUGAAUGGGUAUACGAAGCGGGUGGAGCACGACGUAGUGGUGGACAAGGUUCUAUUCCAGGAGCGCUACAUACAACUCAAGAAAAAGUACUCGCAGUGGCUGGUCGACAACUGGGCAGAGAGCACGGACCCCCGCAAGCAUGUGUUCGAGGACAUCGCGAUCGCGGCGUUUCUAAUCGAGUUGUGGAGCAAGAUCUACGGCCAGCACGCGGAAGACAAGUUUCGGUUCUGCGACAUGGGGUGCGGCAACGGCGUGCUGUGCUACAUCCUGCUCAUGGAGGGCUACGCGGGCGAAGGCAUCGACGCCCGCCGGCGCAAGUCGUGGGGCAUGUUUCCCGAGAACGUGCGCAGCUGCCUCAAAGAGCAGCUGGUAAUUCCAUCCCUGCUGCUGCGUCCGCACCCCGAGAUACGCAAGAUGGCCUCGCACAUGGAGCACAACGGCGGCUUUUUUCCCGUCCACGUCAGCUCCUCUCAACUGAUGGCGCCCGCCACCAUCGUAUAUUCCGCGGCGGACCUGAUCACCUCACCGCAGGUCAAUAUUGCAGAAUUCCCUCCCAAUACGUUUCUCAUAGGCAAUCACUCGGAUGAGCUGACCUGUUGGAUUCCGCUGUUGGGCCAGCCGUUCAUGGUCAUCCCGUGCUGUUCACACAACUUCCAUGGAGCCCGCGUGCGCUACCGCCCGUCCCGCGAGUCCGCCACCAGGCUAGGUAACAGCACCUACGCCGGCCUCGUCGACUACGUGGAGUACCUGGCGAAGGCUGUUGGCUGGGAGACCGAGAAGGAGAUGCUGCGCAUACCUAGCACCAGGAAUGCGGCAAUAAUAGGCUACAAGAAUCCCGCGCUGGGCCAGUUUCCGACGCAACAGGUCUAUGAUGAAGUGCUAAAGAAUGGUGGAGCAGAAGGUUGGAUUCAAAGUGCAACGGCGUUGCUGAAAGGCACACCUAAGUCACACUAG